CCUGUGUCGCAAAUGUUUACGUUACUAUUAGCUGCAGCUUGGACGAUGCUGUAUUGUGUUGUUUCGCAUGAAACCAAGAAGCAACUAUUAAAUUUACUUACGGGAUUCUGAGGGUCCAAGUAAAUUAAGUUUUGUUUUCGGGUAAACGUGAUCGUAUCGUGAUUGUGUUCAGUUUUUUUCUCCAUCUAUUUGUUUGUAUGUGUGUGGAACAAUUGUGUGGUGUCAAUUUCCUGUGGUUGUAGCUGGGAGUCGACGACGUUGCUCAGCUGAUCCGAGAUGUUCGUGAAAGACUUAAAAACGGAGUUUUAUCAGCUGUUGAUUGGCAAACGUAUCCUGGUGAUCGUGAAUUACGAUAUCGAUGCAAUUUGCGCCAGUAAAAUUCUCCAAUCGUUGUUCAAAUAUGAUAACAUGCUUUACUCGAUCGUUCCUGUGAUGGGCAUCAGCGGGAUGAAGCGAGCGUUCCAUGAAAACAAGGAGGAUCUGAAGUACGUUCUGCUGGUUAAUUGUGGAGGCUGCAUAGACAUCCUUCAGUGCCUGGGUCCCGAGCCGGACGUGAUAAUUUUCAUUUGCGAUUCCCAUCGACCGUAUGAUGUUUGCAAUAUUUAUAAUGAAGUGCAAGUACGAAUUCUCGGUGAACCUGACAACCCGGAAGGAAUUCCCAAAUAUGAAACGAUUUUUGUUGAUUCCGAAGACGAGGACGAUGAUGAGGACGAAGACGUGGAUAGCAGUUAUGAAGACAACGCGGCUGGAACUGAGAAACUUGAUAGAGUGCAGUGCAUUGAACAGCGUCUUGUGAAGCGUCGACAGAGACGAGAAUGGGAACAGAAUAGCAAAAAGAUUAUGUUCGAAUACACUCAGUUCAGCUACUAUGCGAGCAGUUCGGCUCUUACUAUCUUUGAACUUGCUUGGCGACUCUCGAAGGACUCGGUGGAUCUGCUCUGGUGGGCAAUUGUUGGAGUAACCGAACAAUUUUUGUUAGGGAAGAUCGAAAGUUCUGCCUACACCUUGGUCACCGAUAUAAUCCAAUCGCAUGUCUCACGAUUAAACAAUAAGGCCACCGAUCAAGCAAUUCAGACUUCGGUGAAGAUAAAUUUUGAAAAUGAUCUACAUCUAGCGCUUUAUCGCCACUGGAGUGUUUUAGAUUCAUUGAAAUACUCGAUCUAUCCUGCCUGUAAACUGAAACUGUGGACUUAUAAAGGAGAAAAGGUAAUGCACGAGUUGCUGGUCGACAUGGGGCUGCCUCUGGUGCAGGCGAAGCAAACUUUCAGCGCAAUGGAAUUGGUGCUUCGCAAGGAGUUUCACGACAAAAUGGAAUCCUUUGCCGAAAAAUAUCGCUUGACAGACGUUUCGUUUGUGUCGUUCGUACUGAAAUAUGGCUAUAGGAACAAUUACGCUGCCGCGGAUUACGUCUAUUCGAUGCUAGCAAUUCUGGAAUCUGUUCAAGUGGAUCGCACUCCGGAAACGUGCUUUCUCCAAUCAAUGGACGCACUCUCCCGCAGCAACAGAGAGAUACUGGAUGGAGGCAUCGACAUUUGUAAGAAACUUCUGUCCGCAAUAUUUAAGCAGGUUCAAAGCUCGCUGGAAAUGCACGCCGUACAUUCGGCCGGUUCCUUCCUAUACUUCAUCAUGCAGGAAGAAAUUUCAUUCUUCACGUGCCCUUAUGGACUGAUCAUGCUAGCCCGGUUCUUACUGCGGGGACAUGUGGCAAUUUCACGGAAUCGGCGAGCACAAGAAUUGCCACUGGUUGCUGUGGCUCCGAUCGAUCUGAGCCGUGGCUUCUCGCUGCUGGUUGGCAUUCCACCCGUCUGCGAAGCUAGCAAAAACUUUUUCGGUGAAGCAUUCGAACAGGCCGCACGUCAUAGCGGAUCAACAAUCUCGAAGGAUUGUUUCGAAACCUCCGUCAUACAGAUACGCCAUUCGGACUGCACCAAAUUUCUCGAUGCGUUGACGGUUCUGUUAGCCUAGAAUGCCGUAGUCGAAACUUAACUACUCAGAGUUGAGGGUGGUAACGUAAGUUUAGACAAUGUAAGGUUAACUCUGUUAGAAUAGUUUUAUCAAUCAGUCCAUUUUUUAUACCUGACUUACUAUAUUUAUCUCUGACUGGAAAUGCGAUGAAAGUAAAUACAAAGUUUAAGACGUCAAGAGGAAA